GAACCGCUUAGACUCGGAACCAAGUUCACAUGUCGCAACCUAACAUAGGCUUAGCUCUUCCUCAUGGAAUCAAACCACAUCAUCGGACAUUUUCUCUGCCAGUGGCAACUCUGUCCCCUGAUUGUCCCUUUUCUCUGACCCAGGGAAAGGGUGGUUAUCAUAUUCCUUAUCAUGAAUAUCGAGGAAAUGGGUCACCCAAAGAGUUCACAUCAUUUGGAAUUCCAGGCGACAUUUACAUAGAUAUCUCGGAGGACUCUUAUAAUCUUUAUGCUCGAAUGGAACAGUCAGCAGCUGUACCGUGGAAAUUGUGGUGUGGUCCCGCACCUACUGCCAUCGCCAACGAGCCUUUCCUUAACGCCAUUGUGGGUAGUGACCUUCACAGGUCACUUAUUCGCUAUCCCUUUCUGAAGCAAAAUCGUUAUUUGUGGUGUGAUGGAAAAACAAUCAAUUGGCUUACAAUCAAAGCUAUGAAAUCAUCCCGAU